ACUGGGCUGCAGGUCUCAGGACUGACCAGUGUUGCUGCACUUGUCCAUCCUCAGCCUGUCCAUCUGUCUCAGGCCAUGGCGAAGCUGCUAGCACUCACCCUCGUGGGACUGGUGUUGGCACUUUACAAGAACCAUCGGUCUUCCUAUCAAACAAGAUUAAAUGCUUUCCGUGAAGUAACGCCAGUAGAACUUCCUAACUGUAAUUUAGUUAAAGGAAUCGAGACGGGUGCUGAAGACUUAGAGAUUCUGCCUAAUGGACUAACUUUCUUUAGCACUGGGCUAAAGUAUCCUGGAAUAAAAAGUUUCGAUCCCAGUAAGCCUGGAAAAAUACUUCUGAUGGACUUGAACAAGAAGGAGCCAGCAGUGUCAGAGUUAGAAAUUAUAGGAAAUACAUUGGAUAUAUCUUCAUUUAACCCUCAUGGGAUUAGUACAUUCACAGAUGAAGAUAACACUGUGUACCUACUGGUGGUAAACCAUCCAGACUCCUCGUCCACUGUGGAGGUAUUUAAAUUUCAAGAAGAGGAAAGAUCACUCUUGCAUCUGAAAACCAUCACACAUGAACUUCUGCCUAGCAUCAACGAUAUAGCUGCUAUUGGACCUGAGAGCUUUUAUGCCACAAAUGAUCACUAUUUUGCUGACCCAUACUUACGGUCCUGGGAAAUGUACUUGGGUCUGUCGUGGUCCAAUGUUGUUUACUACAGUCCAGAUAAAGUCCAGGUGGUAGCAGAAGGGUUUGAUUUCGCGAAUGGCAUUGGCAUUUCCCUUGAUGGCAAGUAUGUCUAUAUAGCUGAAUUGCUGGCUCACAAGAUUCAUGUGUAUGAAAAGCAUGCUAAUUGGACUUUAACACCAUUGAAGGUCCUCAACUUUGACACCCUUGUGGAUAACAUCUCUGUGGAUCCUGUGACAGGGGACCUCUGGGUGGGAUGCCAUCCCAACGGAAUGAGGAUCUUUUUCUAUGACGCAGAGAAUCCUCCCGGCUCAGAGAGCUUGCCAAUGGGUUACAAAGAAGCUGAGGAUCUGCCUGCCUCCACUUCCCCAGUGCUGCGAUCAUAAGCUCACGUCUCCACGACCAGCUCCUUUGUGGUGUUAGGGAUCUGAACUCCAAUCAAGGAGUCUCACUCACAGAGCAAAUGGUCUUACCCACAGAAAGAUCUUCUCAGACAUUCCUGUGCGUUUAAACCCCUUCACAUUACUUAUAAUACCCACACUGUAAAUGCUAUACAAAUAGCUAUCCGGUCUUAUUUAAAGGGUAGUGAUAGAAAAUGAAAGAAUAUUCUUGCUAUACUAUGUAUAACACACACACACACACACACACACACACACACACCUAUUUCCUUCUGAGGUCUCCUAGAUCUGCAGAUGUGGAACCUAUGGAGAAGGCUGACUGAACAAGGCCGUGCAGAGGACCAGUGUAUGGCCAUCUUAUCUGUACAUCUCCAGCAAGACUUCUCCUACCCUCAUUAUAGUACUCAAAGAUCCUGUUUUGUCCCUUGUCUUUAUUUGGCAGGUUAUUUUGAAUUUAUUUACAGUGCAAAUAAUAAAAUUGGAACCCAUUUGCCACCA